CUGUUUUCUUGACAACAGCGCCUCCUGGUGUAUUUAGGAGGAAUCAAACCGGCCAACACUGUAGCACAUCAGUUUGAAGAUGGCGGAGGGUGAAUUGAACGUGGACAGCCUCAUCUCUCGGCUCCUGGAAGUACGGGGAUGUCGCCCGGGGAAGAUAGUCCAGAUGACAGAGGCAGAGGUGCGGGGCCUCUGCAUCAAAUCCAGGGAGAUCUUCCUCAGCCAGCCCAUCCUUCUGGAGCUUGAGGCACCCCUGAAGAUCUGUGGUGAUAUCCAUGGGCAAUACACAGAUCUACUGAGGCUGUUUGAGUAUGGUGGUUUCCCUCCAGAGGCCAACUACCUUUUCCUGGGCGAUUACGUGGACCGAGGGAAACAGUCCCUGGAAACCAUCUGCCUUCUGUUGGCCUACAAGAUCAAAUACCCAGAGAACUUUUUCCUGCUCAGGGGCAACCAUGAGUGUGCUUCCAUCAACCGCAUCUACGGCUUCUACGAUGAGUGCAAGCGCAGGUUCAACAUUAAGUUGUGGAAGACCUUCACUGACUGCUUUAACUGCCUCCCCAUUGCUGCUAUCAUUGAUGAGAAGAUUUUCUGCUGCCAUGGAGGGCUAUCGCCUGAUUUGCAGUCAAUGGAGCAGAUUCGCAGGAUCAUGAGGCCAACAGACGUGCCUGACACAGGCCUGCUGUGUGACCUGUUGUGGUCAGACCCAGAUAAGGAUGUACAAGGUUGGGGAGAGAAUGACCGCGGGGUCUCCUUCACUUUCGGAGCAGACGUGGUCAGCAAGUUCUUAAACCGCCACGACCUGGACCUCAUCUGCAGAGCCCACCAGGUUGUGGAGGAUGGAUAUGAGUUUUUUGCCAAACGCCAACUGGUCACACUUUUCUCUGCUCCAAACUACUGCGGGGAGUUUGACAAUGCAGGCGGCAUGAUGAGUGUUGAUGAAUCCCUCAUGUGCUCCUUCCAGAUCCUAAAGCCCUCAGAGAAGAAGGCCAAGUAUCAGUAUGGUGGUGUAAAUUCUGGUCGGCCUGUCACCCCACCCCGCACCACCCAAGCCCCCAAGAAGAGGUGAACGUGAAGCUGUGGCUCUCCCCACCCCCCUCCUUCUCACCCUGUCCGUCCUUGGUCUGCCAUUACGGCAACCCCUGUAACUCCCCUGUAUAGUGAAGAUACAGGGCUUAUCUAAUUGCCCAAAUCUUUCCCUUCUUUCUCACCCACCUACCCCCUCCCCAACUCCACUGAUAGCUCUUUUCUUAAUGUGUAUGUGUACAUAAAUUUGCUGUGACCAAUCUGUUUUAUUUUUUUUGUUGCCUGUUUAUUGGUAUUUUUGAUAUUAUUAACAGAUAAUCUUUUUUUUGUGGUUUUACUUCCAAUGCCAUUUAAGGUUGUCUGAGGUUCUGUGUCGUCUCUGUGUAGAGGGGCAAAGGGACUGAGUUAGAAGAAUUCUUUUUUUUUUUGUUUAACAUGCACAUUAGAGAUUGAACAUUGUUUUUGCCUCGAUCCCUCUUAAAGUAGAGGGACUUCUUCCAAUGAGACUAAGGUCUAAAUCUGUAGACAAAUAACAUUUCUAAGGGUUCUGUUUAACAGUUUAAACACAUCACAGCAUAUGCAGUGCGCUUGUGGUUGUUCUGCAGGCGCACAUUUUAUAUAUUUAACCAUUGGAAAAAGUGCACCUCCCAAUGAGUAGCAAAGAAUGUGAAGAGACCGGCUUGAUCGGAUGCUGCUGGCAGUGGACACGCUCUCCCCGAACACAACGCCCUCUGGGCAUCGAUUCUUCCACUCCGUUAUGCCUCCCUGUGCCUCGACUCCACACCCACUCAAAAACAUGCAGCUCCUCACACAGAGCUGGUAUUGACAUUUUUUGGGGUCUAUUUAUUAUUUUUGAUCUCUUCAAGAUAAUUUCCCCCAUAUAAUCCUCUUGAUUUGUAGUAAGAGAUGCUGAGAGAUUUGUUUAAUGUCUGUGCACAGACAUUUAACAAAUGCUAUGAGUCACUUAUGGUCAGUAUUUUACCUGCAGACAUACUGGAUAUAUGGUGUACUAAAAGUGCUUAUAAAAUUGUCAUUUCCUCAUCUUUGUAUGAAGAAGCACAUAAGGAUAGAAAAUGUCUAACAGCACUGGUUGGCAAUUUUGCAAGUGUGUAACGUAUCUAAGUAAAGCCGUACAGUGUUUUAAAAAGAUAAAAUAAAUAAAAAGCAAGCUUCACAAA